CAUCACUAGCUAGCUGGCUAAAGCUAGUACAGCAGCAGCAGCAGUAGUAUCGCAGGGGGAUCAUGGCUGACAGCAGGGAGAAGGGACUACAGGACUAUAGGAAGAAAUUACUGGAGCAUAAAGAGAUCGAUGGGCGUCUGAAGGAGUUGAGGGAGCAGCUGAAGGAGCUCACCAAGCAGUAUGAGAAGUCUGAGAAUGACCUGAAGGCUCUGCAGAGUGUUGGUCAGAUUGUUGGGGAGGUAUUAAAACAGCUGACUGAGGAAAAGUUUAUUGUAAAAGCUACCAAUGGACCUCGAUAUGUGGUUGGCUGCCGGAGACAGCUGGACAAAACCAAGCUAAAGCCUGGAACCAGAGUGGCUCUGGACAUGACCACACUCACCAUCAUGAGAUAUUUGCCACGUGAGGUCGACCCUCUGGUGUACAACAUGUCGCAUGAAGACCCAGGCAGCGUGUCGUAUUCAGAGAUUGGUGGACUGUCUGAGCAGAUCCGCGAGCUCAGAGAGGUGAUCGAACUGCCACUGACCAAUCCUGAGCUCUUUCAGCGUGUGGGCAUCAUUCCCCCUAAGGGGUGCCUGCUGUAUGGACCUCCAGGUACUGGAAAGACCCUUCUAGCUCGUGCUGUGGCCAGUCAGCUGGACUGCAAUUUCUUAAAGGUGGUGUCCAGCUCUAUUGUUGAUAAAUACAUUGGUGAGAGUGCCAGGCUGAUCAGAGAAAUGUUCAACUAUGCUCGGGACCACCAGCCAUGCAUCAUCUUCAUGGAUGAAAUCGACGCCAUUGGGGGUCGCCGCUUUUCUGAGGGAACCUCUGCAGAUAGAGAGAUCCAAAGGACACUUAUGGAGCUUUUGAAUCAAAUGGAUGGCUUUGACACUCUGCAUAGAGUGAAGAUGAUCAUGGCCACCAACCGCCCUGACACACUGGACCCAGCUCUGCUGCGACCCGGCAGACUGGACAGGAAGAUCCACAUCGAGCUGCCCAAUGAACAGGCCCGUCUAGACAUCCUAAAGAUCCACUCUGGACCCAUCACCAAGCAUGGAGACAUAGAUUAUGAAGCCAUCGUCAAGCUCUCGGACGGUUUCAAUGGAGCUGACUUGCGAAAUGUCUGCACUGAGGCUGGAAUGUUUGCCAUUCGUGCUGACCGUGAUUACGUAACUCAGGAGGAUUUUAUGAAGGCUGUGCGGAAAGUGGCAGAUUCGAAGAAGCUGGAAUCCAAGCUGGACUAUAAGCCUGUAUAAAAUAUUUACGUGAGAUCACAGCCGGUGGAUGUUAUGGAGACCAUUCAGUACUUUUUGUUACUCUUAGUUGCAGAAGAUCUUUUUUUUGUGAACUGUUGACCAGGGGCUUUUCUGAUUAUUACUGUCUCAAUUAGUGUUACCAUCCAGUGAGCUCAGCUGUAGGGAAACAUAUGUAGUCCAAUACAUCGACUGUUGGCCAAAUAUACAGGUCUUGAAAAUUAUAAUACCAAUUAGAACAAUUUAUAUCACUAUUAUAAAUAAGAGAUGUUCCUUCCUGCCUUGUUAUACAUCAUUAAAGUUUCAUACUGAGUGA